AUCAGCCAAUCAAAUCUUUUUUUCAAUUCCCAGCUCUAUCAAAAAGAAAAAUGAAAAAACAUCUUUAUUUUUUUUUUCUUAUCAUCAUCUCUCUCCAACCUGUCAUGAAUUCUACUUUGACAUAUGACUCAAGUCAAUUGAACUGGCUAGAAACAAGCUGGGAAAAGAUGUACGAAGGAAGAGAUCCUUUAGUUGUCACUGGUAUCUUUGCCUUUCUAAUGCAUGAACUUGUUUAUUUUGGUCGAUUUAUUCCUUUUCUCAUCUGUGACUUUAUUCCCUACUUUAAACGUUACAAGUUACAACAAGCUCGCGAAAAUUCAUCUGAAGAUUACUGGAACUGUACGAAAAAGGUUCUUUAUUCUCAUUUUCUUUUUGAAGGACCUUUGAUCUUUUUAUUCCAUCCUGGAGCUACUUUUCUUGGUAUGAAGGUCUCAGCACCUUUCCCUGCUUGGCAACAAAUGCUUCCUCAAUUGGCUAUUUUCUUUAUCUUUGAAGAUUUUUAUCAUUACUCCAUGCAUCGAUUCAUGCACUGGCCUCCUUUUUAUAAACGUGUACACAAGAUUCAUCACGAAUAUGCUGCACCUUUUGGUAUUGCUGCUGAAUAUGCUCAUCCUAUUGAAACCAUGAUUCUUGGUUUUGGUACUGUUGGAGGUCCUUUGGUUUAUCAUGGUUUUGCUUCCAAAGUCUUGAAUUUAGGUGAUGAAUGGCAUUUGCAUUUAGUCACCAUGUUAUUGUGGAUUGUUUUGCGUUUAUUCCAAGCCAUCGAUGCUCACUCUGGUUAUGACUUCCCUUGGAGUUUACACAACAUCGUUCCUUUCUGGGCUGGCGCCGAGCAUCACGAUUAUCAUCAUCAAGCCUUCAUUGGAAACUAUGCUUCCUCUUUCAGAUGGUGGGAUUAUAUAUUUGGAACUGACAAGAAAUAUCGUGCUUAUCGUCAACGUCAAAAGGAAGAACGUCUUAAGGCCAAGAACAAAUAAGACUUUGUCAUUUCCUUCAUCUCUUUAUAUACUUUUAGAUCUUUUUUUUUAUUUAUUUAUAUAUUUUACAUAUUUAAUCUUAGUUAUUCUCUUUAUUCUUUUUAUCUUUACAUAUACUCUUAUUUUUGUUUAUUACUUACACCCUCCUUCUCUUAAUUCUUCCCCCCCCUCCUCUUCACUUAGUAUGAUAUCUUACCUUCAAUAAAGACAACACUAAUUUAGAUUAUUUUUUUUUUA